AUGUCUCGGGAGCUUGACUAUGACGGUUUGCUAUCUCGAUUCGAUAGCCUCGUCGCCAGUGGCGUGGUGAGUCACCAGGUCUCCCGAGAAACCGAGGUCGAAGAUAACGGUGUCAAAUUCAAAUAUGAAAUCACGGAGUCCCUCACCGGCAAACCCGCUGCAGGACAGGCUCUUGCUUCCCCUAAACAGGCUCCGACUCAUAAUGCAGUCUCGCGCCCGGAAACCUUUGGCCCUGGCAGCGACAUUGCCAAUGUCCAUCCCGAUCUCUUGAUCACCACCAUCCACGACACACACCUCCUCGUGGUCAACAAGUUCAGUGUCUUUCGACCGCAUCUUCUGCUCCUGACCGUGGAUUCGUAUCAACGGCAACCUGAGCCUCUGUCUCAGGCCGAUCUGGAAGCAGCGUGGAAACUCCUCACCGAGACGGACGGCCGCUUCUAUGUCAUUUUCAAUUGCGGAUUGGCUGCAGGAGCCAGCAGGAGCCACAAGCACAUGCAGGCGAUUCCACAUCCUGAUGCACUUCAGCCCAGUGCCUGCGGCUGGAGGUUGUUCCCGGACUAUGACCCUCCUCUGCCGCCGCACUCGAUCCCGUUCGUGCAUUUCAUUCAUCGGUUUGAUAAUCAUGUAGUUUCUGGACCCGAGUUGUUUGAUGUGUAUCUGCGACUCCUCGGGGAUUGCAGGCGUGCGUUGACCAUCCCGGACGAGCAAGCAGAGUGCCCGCACAAUGUUGUGCUCACAGAGAAGUGGAUUGUAACGAUACCACGAUCGAAAGAGAACGUUGGUGGGACGACAGCAAAUAGUGCCGGCAUGAUGGGUUCGGUCUGGCUGCGGGAUGAGCAGCAACUGGAGCAAUGGAAGGCCCAAGGACCGGCGUGGGUGCUCUCACAACUCGGCUCGCCGAAUGAAAAACCAUCAUGCAGCUAG